AUGGCGAGGAAUAAUUUUAUGCUUUCUAAAGCCAUGUCUCUGCUAUGCCUAUUGGGCAUGGUGCUCACACAGGCACAACCACAACCUUGGUCACUAUCCCAAGUACCCAAAGAGUUAGCCUCAAAGCUAACCCGUAACCCUCAAACCUUGUCACAAGCCUCAACCGAUUAUGGUCACAUAGUUCAUGAAACCCCAUAUGCUGUUUUUGAACCAUCAUCCGUUAGUGACAUCUCGGAUUUGAUAAAGUUCUCAAACUCUCUGCCAACCCCUUUCCCCAUUGCUGCUAGAGGCCAAGCCCACUCGCUUCAUGGACAAGCCAUGACACGAGAUGGAGUUGUGUUGAAUAUGACUCAGCUUAACGGUUUCAGAAACGGGUCUGGGAUUAUUAUAAUGUCUAGUCAAUUGGGUAAUUAUUAUUAUGCAGAUGUGGGUGGUGAACAAUUAUGGAUUGAUGUGUUGCAUGCAACUCUUCAACGUGGACUCACACCCCUUUCUUGGACUGAUUACUUGUAUUUGACGGUUGGUGGCACGCUCUCUAAUGCUGGAAUCAGUGGACAAGCCUUUCGAUUUGGACCUCAGAUCUCCAAUGUUCUUGAAUUGGAUGUUGUUACAGGGAAAGGAGACCUUGUGACUUGUUCUGCGGAGAACAACUCAGAGGCAUUUUUCGCCGUUCUUGGAGGGUUAGGUCAAUUUGGGGUGAUUACAAGAGCAAGAAUAUCACUAGCACCUGCACCCACCAGGGUGAAGUGGAUCCACCUACUUUACAAUGACUUCUCUGCAUUUUCUAGAGACCAAGAACAUCUAAUCUCAUUUACUACAGCAGAUUAUGUAGAAGGCAUGCUUCUAUUGAAUCAGCCACCACUUGAUCUUUCCUUUUAUCCAGUUCCUGAUCAACCAAGGAUAACAUCUUUGGUCACUCAAUAUGGCAUCACCUACAUCCUAGAGCUAGUCAAAUACUAUGACAAUAAUUCUCAAUCACGCAUUAAUGAGGAUGUUGCCAAUUUGGUCAAAGGGUUAAAGUUUGUUCCUACGUUUAUGUUUGAAAAAGAUGUGUCAUACGAGGAAUUCCUAAACAGAGUUCAUGGAGAGGAACUAGUUCUUAGGUCAAAAGGACUUUGGGAUGUACCUCAUCCUUGGUUAAACCUCUUUGUUCCAAGAUCUCGAAUCUUAGAUUUUAAUGAAGGUGUGUUCAAGGGAAUUAUUCUUAAGCAAAAUAUUACUACAGGAAUUGCUCUAGUCUACCCCAUGAACCGAAACAAGUGGGAUGAUAGUAUGUCAGCAGAUACACCAGAUGAAGAUGUUUUCUACGCUGUAAGUCUUCUGCAUGCUGCAAGUUCGUUUGAUCUGGUGAAGAAAUUUGAAGCUCAAAACCAACAGAUACUAAAGUUUUGUAAAGAUACUGGUAUUAACAUCAAGGAAUAUCUUACUGGCAACAAAACACAUCAAGAAUGGGUAGAGCACUUUGGCCCCAAAUGGAAACUUUUUGAAGAUAGAAAGGAUGAAUUUGAUCCCAAAAGAAUAUUGUCACCUGGACAAGAGAUUUUCCCAUAG